AUGGUGGCACAGGCCCACGUGACAUUUGAAGCUGAGCAGGAAGAUGGAAACCCUCAUGAAGCUCUCAAUGAGUUCAUUGAUCUCUCACAGAGCUGCUCUGCUGAUCCAGGUGAGGCAGUGAUUCCUCUCAAAUGUUCAAUUUGUUUGUCCGAUUUUACUAAUAAGAAACAACUGAAGUGUAAACAUGCAUUUUGUGAGGAAUGCCUGAAAAAUGCAGUGAAAGUAUGUGGACCCAUCUGUCCAAUUUGUAAGGAUGUUUUUGGUGAGAUGAAGGGAAACCAACCUGAUGGAAAAAUGACUUGGAAUAAAAUUUCCUACCCUUUACCUGGAUUCCCAGAUUGUGGCCAUAUAUGCAUCACCUAUCACAUUCCAAGUGGAAAACAGACGGAAAAGCAUCCCAAACCUGGUCAAUACUAUGGAGGAGCUAUCAGAACAGCGUAUCUUCCUGACAACAAAGAGGGCAAUGAAGUUCUGCUACUACUGAAAAAAGCUUUUGACCAGAAGCUGAUUUUCACUGUUGGAGCUUCCAGGACAACUGGGGCGGAUAACAUGGUGACCUGGAAUGACAUCCACCACAAGACGUCCAUGACAGGAGGACCAGAGUGUUAUGGAUAUCCAGAUGAGAACUACCUGAGCAGAGUCAAGGAGGAGCUGAAGGCCAAGGGCAUCCAGUGAAGUUUUUCUUUUACAUUUAGUGAAACUUUAAUUCAAAAAAUUUGACUAAUUGGAUCUAAAUUUACACAUUUUGUUCCAUCAUGUUAGAUGUUUGAUAAUAAAUAAAACUUAAUGGUUACUUUGAAGUUCACUGAAAGCUGAAGACUUUCUCUCAUCUAUUAAAACAUAACUAAACAAAUCACAGCGUUUUGAAAGAUUUACCUACUUGUUUGUUUUUUUC